UUGUUACGUCACUGGCCAACAGCUGUUUGAAAGUUUUGAUUUGGAUUCGCUAGCAUUACAUGGAUUCCGCAUCAUGGCAGCGCAGCUGAAUCCAUUCCGCAAUGCCUUCCGGCUGCCGUCCAAGCAGCGCAUCAACUGGUUUCCCGGCCACAUGACCAAGGGUAUGCGGCAAAUUCAGCAAAAACUACGAAAUGUAGACUGCAUAGUCGAGAUUCACGAUGCACGCAUCCCAUUGGCGGGCAGAAACUCCCAGUUCUUUGACACAAUCACCGGAAGUGGUGUUAAACCGCAUAUUCUGGUGCUGAACAAAGUCGAUCUGCUGGGCGCCAAACAGCAGAAGAGCGUGCUCCAGCAGCUGAGGAGACAGCAGCCCGAACUGCAGCACAUCCUGUUCACCAACUGCAAGGAUCAGCGCAACAACGGCGUGCUGGACAUCCUGCCCCUGGCAACGCGCCUCGUGAGCGAGAGCAGUCGCUUCAAUCGCACCCAAGCUGCCGAGCACAAUCUGAUGAUCAUCGGCGUGCCCAAUGUGGGCAAGAGUUCCGUGAUCAAUGUGCUGCGAAAUGUGCAUCUCAAGAAGAAGAGCGCCGCACGCGUGGGUGCCGAGGCGGGUAUAACUCGAUCCGUCGGCGAACGCAUCAAAAUCCAAGAGAAUCCGCCUGUUUACAUGAUCGACACACCCGGCAUCCUCCAGCCCUCCAUUAAGGAUGAUGAAAUGGGCAUGAAACUGGCCCUGGUGGGCUGCCUUCCCGAUCAUAUUGUGGGCGAGGAUCUGAUAGCCGACUAUCUGCUGUACUGGCUGAAUAGCCACCGCAAAUACGACUACGUGGAGAUGCUAAAGCUCAGCUCCGGACCCAGUGACGACAUCAGCGCCGUGCUGGCGGAGUACGCUCAUCGGGAGGAGCUAUUCCACAAGGUCAAGCAGUACGACGGACGCGUGGAGGUGAUGACAAAUUUAUUGGCGGCCGCGCGAAAGUUCAUUCACUUCUUUCGCUCCGGCCAGUUGGGUCACAUGAAUCUGGACGAACCCAGUGGUUUCAGAUAGCUAUACAUAUGUAUGAAUUAAACUUAGGGGCUUAGAUUAAAGACUGAACAGUCG